AUGGCGCUCCGGCCGCAGCUCUGGACACGGUUGUCAGUUUGCAGAAACCCUGUCAUUUCGGAUAAAUGCGGUGGUUUGCAUUUCCUAGAGCUCGGGUCUGCAGCGCUGUCCACCGGAGCCCGACCGGCGGCGAAGCCCGAAGCGGCCCCUGCGGACAAUGAAGCGGUGGCCCCCCAGUUCACGAACCGGAACCCCCGCAAUCUGGAGCUCUUGGCCGUGGCCAGGAAGGAGCGGGGCUGGGGGACAGUGUGGCCCUCCCGCGAGUUCUGGCACAGGUUGCGAGUUAUAAGGACUCAGCAUCAUGUGGAAGCAUUUGUAGAGCAUCUCAAUGGCCACAUCGUGGUUUCGGCAUCCACUCGUGAGUGGGCUAUUAAAAAGCACCUUUAUAGGACCACAAACGUGGUGGCCUGCGAGAGUGUAGGACGAGUACUGGCGGAGCGAUGCUUACAGGCAGGAAUCAACUUCAUGGUUUACCAGCCCACCCCUUGGGAGGCAACCUCGGACUCGAUCAAACGACUGCAAAGUGCUAUGACAGAAGGUGGUGUCAUGCUACAGGAACCUCGGAGAAUCUAUCAGAAUCCAAACUGA